AUGUUUUCAGUUGCAGGGAAUAAGGCUCUGGGUCCGGAUGGGUAUACGUCGGUGUUCUUUAAAAGGGCAUGGAAUGUGGUUGGAAAUGAUGUGUGCCAAGCAGUGAAAGCGUUUUUCCAAAAUGGGAAAUUGUUACAGCAACUUAAUCACACGGUAGUGUCGUUAAUUCCUAAAGUUCCAACUCCUUCUUCGAUUAUGGACUAUAGACCUAUCUCGUGUUGCAACACGUUAUACAAGUGCAUUAGUAAGAUAAUAAGUGAUCGGAUGAAAGAUGGUUUGGCAGAUAUUGUAAGUAUUAACCAGUCUGCGUUUGUGCCGGGGAGACGAAUAUCAGAUAAUAUCCUUUUAACGCAAGAACUCAUGCAUAGUUAUCACCGGAAAGUGGGUCCUCCUAGAUGUGCGUUUAAUAUUGAUAUACAAAAGGCGUACGAUACGGUGGAAUGGUCUUUUUUGGAAGGGACGUUGACAGGAUUUGGGUUCCAUACGGAAUUGGUAAAGUGGAUCAUGGCGUGUGUGGCUUCUACUUCGUUUUCGUUAGCUAUUAACGGGAACCACUUUGGGUACUUUAAAGGGAGACGAGGGCUACGGCAGGGUGACCCUAUGUCUCCGUAUCUAUUUACGAUGGUUAUGGAAGUUCUCACUCUAAUAUUGAACAAACAUGUUGCGAUAUCGAAUGAUUUUAGAUUCCAUAACAAGUGUGAGAAGCAAAAAAUAAUCAACUUGUGUUUUGCGAAUGACUUAUUUCUUUUUGCAAGAGGAGACCAUAAAUCGGCUGGAGUCAUAAUGGCGACGAUUAAUGAGUUUAGGUCCUUGUCGGGUCUUGUUCCAAGCAUGACGAAGAGUACUAUUUUCUUUGGCAAUGUGACGGAUCAGGCGAAAGCGAGAAUCUUGAGUAUUAUGUCGUUUGAAGAGGGAGCGCUUCCAGUUAGAUACUUGGGUGUUCCUCUAAUAUCUACUCGGCUGAAAUAUAAAGAUUGCAAAAGACUUGUGGAGAGUAUGGAGGCACGGAUAACAGAUUGGAAAGCAAAAUAUGGGAUGUGGUGCUUCUUGUGGUCUCAAGGGAACAACAUUAAAGGGAAAGCGAAGUUGCGAUGGAAGAGGGUUUUCCUACCAAGAUGCGAAGGGGGGCUUGGUAUUCGUCGGGUAGAGGAUAUGAAUAAUGCUCUGAUGGUAUCGCAUAUUUGGAGCUUGCUAACUCAUCGAGAGUCCUUAUGGGCGAAGUGGAUUCACUCAUACCGUAUUCGAGAUAAAAGUUUUUGGGAGUUACCGAUAAAGAAUAAUAUUACUUGGAGCUGGAGGAAAAUACUUCAACUAAGAUCGAAUGUUCGCGACUAUAUAUGGACCAAGGUUGGAGAUGGAAUGGAUACGAAGGUGUGGUUUGACAAAUGGUAUGAGGUUUGUCCGGUUAUUUCUAUUGUUACCCCUCGUUUGAUAGCUAAUGCGGGUUUCAAUCUAAACUCUAAGUUAGCAAAGGUUUUUGUGAAUGGGGAGUGGAGAUGGCCAGUUGAUUGGUCCAAUCGGUUCCAUGUGCUUCAAAAUGUUCAUGACUUUACUCUUGAUCCAACAUGUAAAGACAUGAUAGUGUGGCGAACACGGCGGGGGAUUCAGAUGGAUUUUAAUACCUCUACGGUUUGGGAUGACAUUCGGAAAUUGAAGACUCAAGAUAUCAUGAGUUGCUGGCACUCUUCGGGUAAUGCAAAUUACAAUCUGAUGUGUUGCUCGUUGUGUACUUCGGGUCUGGAUUCCCACGAUCAUCUGUUCUUUGAAUGGGAUUAUGCGGCUCAGAUGUGGAAUGGUGUUAAAGACUUAGCUGGUAUGACGUCGAUUCAGAACACUUGGAUCGAUAUCAUGGAAUUCUUAAUGGGGAUCACGAACUUAACAUCAGCUAGCCACAUUAUUGCUAAAUUGGUGGUUAGUGCAUCAACAUAUUUUGUGUGGAACAAAAGAAAUCGACGACUCUUUUCGAACCAGAAAAGGAAUAAAGAUCAGUUAGUGGAGAUGAUUCUUGGCACAGUUCGAAUGAAGCUCCAUACGGUGUGGUUCAAGACGUCUUUUCGUAUGGCUCAAGUGUUACAACAAUGGAUGCUCCCUCGUGGAUUGAUGGUGGCGGAUGACGAUUGUGGCUGA